UAAAACGGCGUCGUUCGUGCUUUAAACAGAUAACGUUAAAAUAAAUUGGUUAAACUUUGAAUUUCGAGGCUCCUUCAGCGUCUCGGCGUCUCCAUUCUAUCUCUUCACGAUAAUAGCGAAGUCAAAGCGAUCUAGGUUUACAACAUGACGACCGCAGCUAGACCCACAUGGGCACCUGCUAAAGGUGGGAAUGAACAAGGGGGAACUCGAAUUUUCGGCCCAUCCCAAAAGUAUUCUUCCAGGGACAUUGCCUCUCACACUACCUUGAAACCUAGAAAGGAAGGACAAGACACACAAGAUGAGCUACAAAGGAGGAACCUUAGAGAUGAAUUGGAGGAGCGGGAGAGGAGACAUUUUUCAUUGAAGGAUGAUAGAGAUCGUAGAAAAGGAGGUCAUCUUCUUUUAGAAGGUUCUAAGAGAGAAGUUGAAGAUCGUAUUGUUCCACGUAAUGUGGACGCGGACGAUGCCGAUGUGGAUGUCAAAAGUGAUGAUAGUGAGGACGACGACGACGACGAGGAGGAUGAUGAAGAAGCACUUUUGGCUGAACUUGAACUUAUAAGGAAGGAAAAAGCUGAGCAGAAACUACGAGAAGAACGAGAGAAGCAAGAAGAAGAGCUGCAAGCCAAAGAGGCAGAAUUGUUGCGUGGAAAUCCUCUGCUAAAUAAUCCGGCUUCCUUUAGUGUAAAAAGAAGGUGGGAUGAUGAUGUGGUUUUCAAGAACCAGGCCCGAGGCGAGACCAAAAUUGCAAAACGCUUUAUCAAUGAUACCAUCAGGAAUGACUUCCAUCGGAAAUUCCUCCAAAAGUACAUGAAAUAAAACAACUAUUUGAGUAAGAUAACCAGAGAUGUGAGCCAAAAGAUGUAAUGAACAAAAGAAGAGUCUGCUUGAAUGUAUGAGCAAAUUAUGAAUGUGCUCAAUUUGUUCUAAUUGCUGUUGACUUGAAGAAAAGUUUGCACUGUAAUUUUCGUUUAUGUGGAUUGUUUCUGUGUUCUAUAUAAUGGAUGGAUUGUUGUGUAUUAAUUGCUGUUAUU